AGUGUGAAGACGCUGUGUGGCGUUAACCCCGUUAACGUAUUUUUUGUUCCACAAAAAUAAUAUAUUAAAGAGUAAUCCCUCCUCUCGACACGCGUCUGUGCCACCCACACCCCCGAGCGGCCCUCCCCUGUAAAAAUAGUCCCACGCGUGUGUGUGCCCCACACCCCCUCGCAAAAGCCUGAAAAAACUCUCCCCCGCGACUACGUCUAAAACAAAGAAGGGAGAGGAAAAAAAAACUUGGUGAAGGCAAAGACAGUGAAAAAAAUCUGUGAUUUUGUGACAAAGGAUCGAAAAGUGAUUAUUCAGUGUGUGUCAUUACAAUUACGUACAGUGUAAUUGAGAACUGGCGUCAUUCAAACACCAGGGGAUAGAGCAGAAGAAGGCUUACAGUGUCAACUGGCGUCCGCCCCCCUCGUGAGGCUCAAAAAUCCGCAUUUUUUCACUCUAAACUCGAGAUAAAGGGAAAUUGAGGGGAAAAAGUCACUAGACGGUGUCGUACGUGCGUCUUAACAUGUCACACAACUGUUCACAGAGUUGACCUAACCUGAAGAACACUCCGGAGUGAGUGAGAGUCCCUCCAACCCCCAACAGCCGAUUUUUCACGUCAAAAUCCCCCAGAACCGGCGAUCUAGUUUAUUUUUACGUUUUCUAGUGAUUUUAUCGUUCUACAUGGUUUAUCGGUCAUCAGUACAGUUGGGGUAGUGCUAAUAUUGCCAUUGAACUGUGGGACAAGUGGAAUAUCGGGUCUGGCGUUUUGAUUUUUGGGCCUUAUCCUUGGGAUUUUUCGGGGAAUCUAGGGGUUUUUGAGGUUUACGAGUGGUUUUUGACGUUUUAUCGAGGGGUAAGGGGUUUUUAAGGGGUAAUAACUAUUGAUGGCAGUAGUGGGGCCUAGCCGGCACUCCCGGGUGUCCAUGAGUGUGUCCAUGUCGCUUAUGCAGGGGGGUGGGGCCGGUACAACUGGCGGGGGCUCAACUGGGACUCAUCCUGGACAGGCUGUACUUGCGGCUGCUGCUGCUGCUGCCGCUGCUGCUGCAGCACAAACACCACAGAAUUAUUAUCAUCCAGCUGCACCAGCACCACCACCACCACCACCGACUCAGGAUCCUGUUCAACCGGACAGGCCCAUUGGGUAUGGGGCCUUCGGGGUUGUCUGGGCGGUCACUGAUCCCAGGGAUGGUCGAAGAGUCGCCCUCAAGAAACUACCAAAUGUCUUUCAGAGUCUCGUAAGCAGUAAGAGGGUCUUCAGAGAGCUGAAGAUGCUCUGCUUCUUCAAACACGAAAAUGUUCUCUCAGCACUGGACAUCCUGCAGCCACCACACCUCGACUUCUUCCAAGAAAUAUACGUGAUAACAGAACUACUACAGAGCGACCUGCACAAGAUCAUCGUGAGCCCUCAGCCACUGAGUCCCGACCACAUCAAGGUCUUCCUGUACCAAAUAUUGAGAGGGCUGAAGUAUCUUCACUCAGCGAGAAUCCUCCACAGGGACAUCAAGCCUGGGAACCUAUUAGUCAACAGCAAUUGCGUUCUGAAGAUCUGUGAUUUUGGCCUGGCGAGGGUUGAGGAGCCCGACCAGAACAAACACAUGACCCAGGAGGUGGUGACACAGUAUUACCGUGCACCAGAGAUUCUAAUGGGCGCACGUCACUACACAGCUGCAGUGGACGUAUGGAGUGUUGGUUGCAUAUUCGGUGAACUUUUGCGCAGGCGAAUUCUAUUCCAGGCACAGAGUCCAGUCCAGCAGUUGGAGUUAAUAACGGAAUUACUGGGGACCCCUACCCUCGAGGACAUGAGGUACGCCUGCGAGGGCGCCAGGACACACAUGCUGCGACGUGCACCCAAGCCAUCCUCCCUGACAGCCCUCUACUCGUUGAGCAACCAGGCGACUCACGAAGCUGUACACUUACUCUGCCAGAUGCUCGUGUUCGACCCCGACAAGAGAAUUACAGUUGUCGAUGCACUAGCUCAUCCGUACCUCGACGAGGGCAGGCUGAGAUAUCACUCGUGCAUGUGCACGUGUUGUUACACAACGAGUGCUGGCAUGAGACAGUACACAUCGGACUUCGAACCAGCGACAUCGCAUCCCUUCGAUGAUUUGUGGGAGAAAAAAUUGACGAGUGUACAACAAGUGAAAGAGGAAAUGCACAAAUUCAUUGCAGAGCAGUUGAACACAUCACGUGUGCCACUCUGUAUAAAUCCUCAGUCAGCUGCAUUCAAAAGUUUCGCGAGUUAGAGCAAGCCGUUGCCGCCAAGCCAGCAAUCUACGUGCGCCGCGUAUACGUACACAAUAACUACCAAACUACCCUGAAUGUGACUAUCUACUAGCUGCUCGGCUACCUACUAUCGUCUACUACCACCUAAAGCCAAAAAAAAUCUAGAAAAAGAAAGAGAAAAAAAAUUAAUGCGAAUUUUUUUGACGAUUUUGAGAGAAAAAUAUAAUGAAAAUACUAGAGUUACUCAGCAAUAUGUCGUCCACGCAAGCCUCGCUCGCUGAGCUCAACAGUGGCGCAUCCCUCGGAAUUACCGCCCUCACCGCACCAGUGGGAGUGAUCCCACGCACCCGCACCUCCAACAAUCAUCUUUAAAACCACAAAAAAAAAAUAAUUAAAAACGAGCCAAGAGAGACAAUAGACUGCCGAGCACUUGUAGACUCGAAUUUUUUUUUCUCAAAAAAAAAAGAAAAAAAAUUCUCAAUCUUUAGUUUUAAAUGCGAGAAAAGAAUCUAGAUGAUUUCACGAACAGGAUUAUUUCUCAUUCAUGUACAUAGACGAUUAUUAUAGAGGAUAACGAGACUGCGGGGGGGGGGUAGCUUAAUUACCGAGAGCAAUUAGUACACCUCGUGGAGAAUUUCAGAAAAGAGAAGAGAGAACUUUUUAGAAAGAGAUGAUUAUCUCGGGAGGUGUCCCGAGUUUGGGGGUCAAAGUGACCCCGUCAGAUAGAUCGGGAAAUUUCCGAUUCCAGCGUCUGGUGCUGAACCCAUUUUGCCCCGGGGGUUUGGUGCACUACGGGGAAAAUGCUCUCGAGAGGAAACAAGUGAUUUUUUUUUAAUGUUUAAACAUCUCUUCUUUUGUAUUUUAAUAUCUGGAGAGGGGGAGGGGCCAGGGGACUUUAUUUUUUUUGCAAAUGAUCGGAAAUUUAGCUGGCUUUGAGAUGAAGAAAAUUUUAUUUGAAUUGAACUCAAGGUUCUCGAGAUAUAAGGGCGGAAGUGAUUAGGGAAAUUCUCCACUUGAGUGAAUGGGGGGGUAUUGAUAGUUAUGGCCAGUUUCUUUGAUUAAUCGGAGGGUAAUUGAUUAA